AUGCAAUGGUUUCUUCUGAUAUGUUUCCUAGCAAGUAUCCAUGCAUACAGACCAUAUUAUGACCGAAUCAACGAACGGAACAUACACGACGAUUACCUAUCUAAUAACAAUUUUAGCGAAGACGAAAUGAACGCUAUAAAUUCAUAUAAAAAGACCCGCCAUUUCCGAUCGUCCAAUCGCAACGAUAUUUUUGAUCCACGCUACUUUGAAAACAGAAGAUUCUUCAGCUGGAUCCCAAAAUGGCUGCGCAGAAAAGAGAAAAAACCACCAACAUAUCAAGAUUUGGUUAACGAUAAGAUUUAUUAUUUACAUUUGACUCAAAAUUUAACAGAAAACCUAGGACAACUGACGAAUAUUCUGGACGCAUUUACAAAAGCGCUUAAGGAGAAAUCUUUAAUAACCAGCAAUGUUAGAAUUAGACGCGAUAUUAAUAAUACCGAAGUAACUACAACUGGUCAUAUGAACAAUACUGAUAAAGUCAAUGGAGCUUCACAAGAAAAUGGUCAAAUUGAUAUAGCAACUGAAGUUAUAAAAGUUGACAGUGAUACUCAUAAACCCGUGGAAAGAAAAAAAGCAAACGAGUUCAAACAAGAUUUCUAUGAAGAAAAAAAUAUGGAAGACAUAAGCGAUAGUACUUUAACUAAAUCGGAAAUGAAGCAAGUAAAAGGGAUACCAAAAGAAGACUUCUAUGAAGACAAACAAUUUGAAAGCAUAAAUGGUAGGCGGAGUCUAAACAGAUUCGAGAAAGCAACUGAAGAUAAAACAAACUCCAAUCAUGUAACAGAACAUGUAUAUGAAGAAAAGAAAACUAUAGAUAAUAUUCCAAGUGGAAGAAGAAGUUUCAAUUCAAACGAACUGAAACGUAAACUAAUAUCGUCUAUAAACGACACAGUCAACGUAAUACAAUUUAAGUUAAAAAGUGUGACAAAUGUAAGAGAAAUAUUUAGCGACCGGGUUCUUUUUAAUAUCGGAUACAUUUCUGGAGCGCUAACAACAGUCAGAGGAUUGGUAAAUGAAUUACAGGCAGCCGUUAGUAAAAACGUGGUAGUUCUAGAUGAGAAAUUCAUAUUAGACUUGUACGAUACGAUUACAAAAGUCAACAGCGCAACAGCCAGAAUGCUGGAUAAGUUAAAUAGGUUCGUUGACGAAGCUACGAAGGGGCUAAUCAAAGUAAAUUAA